CGCCGACCCCGCCUCCGCCGGUCCCGCCUCCGCCCGCUACCUUCGUAGCGCCGGCCGGCCGGCCGGCACUUCUCCCCACGCGGAACCGUCGCCAUGAGGUGUUACUACGAGGUGCUGGGGGUGAAACGCGACGCCGCCGAGGAGGAGCUGAAGCGGGCGUACCGUCGGCUGGCGCUGCGCUGGCACCCAGAUAAAAACCCGGAGAACGCGGAGGAGGCGGCGGAGCAGUUCAAGUUAAUCCAGGCAGCGUACAACGUUCUCAGUGACCCGCAGGAAAGAGCCUGGUAUGAUAGUCACAGGGAGGCUCUGCUGAAAGGAGGACUUGAUGGAGACUGUAAAGAUGAUACGUUAGAUCUGCUGCAGUACUUCACUGUUAGCUGUUACUCGGGAUAUGGAGAUGAUGAAAAGGGAUUCUUCACAGUCUUUCGACAAGUUUUUGAGAAGAUUGCAAAAGAAGAGAUGGAAUAUAUGACCCAGGAAGAUACUGCAGAAUUCCCUAUGUUUGGACAUUCCCAAAGUGACUAUGAUACGGUAGUCCACCCUUUCUAUGCAUAUUGGCAGAGUUUCUGCACUCAGAAAAACUUUGCUUGGAAAGAAGAAUAUGACACACGACAAGCUUCAAACCGCUGGGAGAAACGAGCUAUGGAAAAAGAGAACAAGAAAACAAGAGAUAAAGCAAGGAAAGAGAGGAAUGAAGUGGUCCGUCAGCUAGUAGCCUUUGUUCGUAAAAGGGAUAAAAGACUACAGGCUCACAGAAAACUUGUAGAACAACAAAAUGCAGAAAAAACUAAGAAAGCAGAGGAAUUUCGGAGGCAGCAGAAGCUCAGACAAGCCAAGCUUACUGAACAGUACAAAGAACAGAGCUGGAUGACUCUGUCGGAUAUGGAGAAAGAGUUGCAAGAGAUUGAGGCACAAUAUGAAAAGGAAUUUGGAGAUGGAUCAGAUACUGAAGAUGAAUUACAACAACAGGAGACAAAAGGCAUCAAAGACAAACAGAAUGAUGAGACUGAAGAAGCUGAGUUUGGUGGUGAUCUGUACUGCCCUGCUUGUGAGAAAUUUUUGAAAACCGAGAAAGCCAUGAAGAAUCACGAAAAAUCAAAGAAGCAUCGAGAGAUGGUAGCACUGUUACGACAGCAACUGGAAGAAGAAGAAGGGAAAUUUCCUGUGUCUUUGGAUGAUGCAAAUGAAAUACAUACCAAAGAGAAGAAAGAAGGAGAAGACAUGCCCAAGCAGAAGCUCUCAAAGAAGCAGAGGAAGAAACAGAAAACAAGGAUGAUGGCAUGUAGUCAUACCAUGACUGACAAGGACUCUUCUGAUAAAAGUGCUGAUGAAGGAACAGUUGAACAAGAGGAGGUGCCCGCAGUGGACAAGCAGAGUGGCUCAGCAGAGGAGGUGGUAAAUGAUGGCCAAAGAUGUGCUGUGUCAGGGGACACAAGCACUACAGAGGAUGUCAGCCAAAUGAAGGAAACAGAAAGUGAAGUGACAAGCAGUACUAAGCCUAAAGGGAAAAAAGCCAAGGAUGCAAAAAAGUCUGCUUCAGAGCACCCAACAACGAAUGAAGUUCCCAUCCAGUGUACAACCUGCAAAUGUACAUUUCCAUCCCGAAAUAAACUGUUUGAACACCUCAAAACCAUGGGACAUGCAAAAGCAACCCAAGCACCACCUGUAACUGGAACUGUAAACACCAGAAACAAAAAAGAGAAACGUAAACACUAAUAGAGCUUUCUUAGAGUAACAGUCUAUUAGUAUGUGAAAACUCUCCCAAAACUGGAAGGUGCACAUUGCCUGUGUUCAGAGUUAAAACAGAGAAGGGAAGUCCUAAUUUUGGAAAAAAAAAAAAGGAAGAUGCAGCAAAAGGAGUAUUAUCUUGUGAAGGAAUGUGUGCUUUCUUUUGGUUUUAUCAGCUUUUAAUAACUGGAUUUGACCUACUAGCCAUAGUUUGCAUCUUUACUAUAUCACUAAUGAGUGUGCUUUGCAAUCCUAAAAGCAGCAGGAGAAAAGCAUAUUUUGGAAAGGAAGAUGACUAGAUUAGAGCCCCAUGAUAAAAAAUAAUUACUGUCAUUAGAAACUUUUCAACUUUAUGCAAACUCUUCUUUUUCAUGCCCUAGUUACAGUGUGUCCUUUUAGCAGGGGUAGACAGUUUUACCUCUAUUUGAAACCUCCAGUUAUGUUCUGCUCAGAGUGGUUCUCACCCAGAGAUUUAUUAUGCUUAUGUAAGUGAAAUCUCACAGACUGAAGUCUGCAGUGUUACUUUUUGACUUUAAAUUCUUUUAUUUAAAUAAAUAAAUACUUCUAUCA